GCAGUUAUACGUAUGAAACGUGAUAAGAAAUUAUUUUUAAUGAGUUAAUAUGGGUUCACAUUUCGAAUUGAUCAAUCAUAAUUACUAUACAGUAUUAAAAUUUUAAGUUUGUAAAUUUUCCAAAAUGUAAUUAAUUCGGUGUUGCACUGUUUUGGCCAUAUAAAGGACCUAGUAAUAACUCGAUCUAUUGGCUGACAAUGGUAGAAACUUUAAGAGCUGGACUUUACAUCUUACUAAAAAUAUAUAUAGUUCUAAAACACUAUGAUUUCAAGAAUAAACAAGUCCAAAAAAUGCAGAGCUCGGAGUUGGGUUGAGGCAUCAUUUCAAAAAAGAGAUUGUGUUAAUUUUAUUCCAAGUAAACUAGAUAAAAAUAGAUGUAGCUGUGGACUUUCCUUAACAUUCCAUUGUGGGGGAGGUAAUGGCUCAAUUCAAUUAGACCCUAACAGUUCUAAUGAAGCAUGGUCACCUCUUAAACAUACAAUACUUUCACCAACUGAUGCAUAUGGUACCAUUGAAUUUCAAGGAGGUCCACAUCCAACUAAAGCUCAAUAUGUAAGAUUAUCACAUGAUACUCGACCCGAAUUAAUAUUACAUCUUUUUACACGAGAAUGGGGACUUGAACUUCCAAAACUUUUAAUUACUAUUCAAGGAGGAAAAGCAAAUUUUGAAUUACAGCCUAAAUUAAAAAAAGUAUUACGAAAAGGUCUUCUGAAAGCAGCUAAAACAACUGGAGCUUGGGUAUUUACGGGUGGAACUAAUACAGGUGUUACUCGUCAAGUUGGUGAUGCACUAUUACUAGAUUCUCAGAGAACAGGAAGAAUUGUUUCUAUUGGGAUUGCCCCUUGGGGUAUCAUUGAAAAUAAUCAUGAACUUAUAGGACACAAUAAAGAUGUCCCUUAUCAUUCUAUAUCAUCGCCAAGGUCUAAGCUAGCAGUAUUAAAUAAUAGACACACAUAUUUUCUUUUAGUAGACAAUGGCACAUCAGCACGUUAUGGGGCAGAAAUUGUACUUCGCAGAAAGCUUGAAAAAUAUAUUUCUAUUCAAAAACUUCAUCCAAGUGCACAUUAUAGUACUCCUGUUGUGUGUUUAGUAAUUGAAGGUGGAACAAAUACCAUUAGAGCUGUUUUGGAGUAUGUAACUGAUACACCACCUGUGCCAGUAGUUGUUUGUGAUGGUUCUGGUAGAGCAGCUGAUUUAAUAGCAUUCACACACAAAUAUGCAUCGGAUACUGGAGAACAAACUGUUUUAGAAAAUAUGAAAGAGUACAUUUUAGACAACAUCAGACGUGCAUUUGAAAUUGGACAAGAACAAGCUGAAUGUCUGUAUCAAGAAUUAUUGGAAUGCACGAAAUACAAAAAUAUGAUUACAGUUUUUCGAAUAAGUGAUGGGCAAGAAAAAUCUCAAGAAUUAGAUCAAACCAUUUUAACUGCAUUAUUUAAAAGUCAGCAUUUAUCACCCUCUGAACAAUUAAGUUUAGCUUUAACAUGGAAUCGUGUUGAUAUUGCUAGAUCAGAAAUAUUUGUAUAUGGACAAGAGUGGCCACCAGGUGCUUUAGAAGAAUCUAUGAUGCAAGCUUUAGAACAUGAUCGAAUUGAUUUUGUAAAAUUAUUGUUAGAAAAUGGUGUUAGUAUGAAAAAAUUCUUGACAAUAUCAAGAUUAGAAGAAUUAUAUAAUACUAAACAAGGUCCAACAAAUACUUUAGGAUAUAUAUUAAGAGAUGUACGACCUCAUAUUCCUCAAGGAUAUAUGUAUACAUUACAUGACAUUGGUUUAGUUAUUAACAAAUUAAUGGGUGGAGCUUACAGAACUCAAUAUACAAGACGCAAAUUUCGUAUGAUGUAUGCACAAACACGAAGAUUAAAUAAUAUGCACAGAAAUAGUGCUUCAUUUACUAGAUACUAUGGAAAUAAUUUAACAUUAGGUGUUUUGGCAGAUUCUGAAAAUUCUGAAGAUGAGACAUUAUUUGAAUAUCCUUUCAAUGAGCUUUUGAUUUGGACUGUUCUUACCAAACGCCAAGAAAUGGCAUUAUUGAUGUGGCAACAUGGUGAAGAAGCUUUAGUUAAAUCCUUAGCUGCCUGCAAACUAUACAAAGCUAUGGCACAUGAAGCUGCUGAAGAUGAUUUAGAAACUGAAAUCUAUGAUGAAUUAAGAAAUUAUGCUAAAGUUUUUGAAGAUAUUGCCUUGGAACUACUAGAUUAUUGCUAUCGUCAAGAUGAUGAUCAAGCACAACAGUUAUUAACAGUAGAACUACAAAAUUGGAGUGGUCAAACUUGUCUUAGUUUAGCUGUAGCUGCAAAUCAUCGAGCUUUAUUAGCUCAUCCUUGUAGCCAAAUAAUUCUUGCUGAUCUUUGGAUGGGUGGACUUAGAACACGAAAAAAUACUAAUAUUAGAAUUUUACUGGGACUUUUAUUUCCACCAUAUAUUUCUAGAUUAGAAUUUAAAUCUAGGGAAGAAUUACAGUCAAUGCCUCAAACAGAAGAAGAACAUUUGUAUGGGUUAGAAUUGGAUGAAGAAACAGAAAGUAUGGAAGAAGGUGGUAUUCAUCGGUCACAACUCAACUUGGUUGAAACAAAUUUAGAUGGAGGAGUAGUCCCAGGAGAUGGAGAUAAUGCUGAACAUGGAACAAUGUUACCAAGUGGAUCAUUAGGCACUACAAAAAGUUUAGAUUUUGAACACAAAUGUGCAUCUCCUCCUUAUGAAUAUAGUGUAUUUGAUUUAAAACGACAGCGUCCAUUACCUUUGAGGCGUAAAAUUUUUGAAUUUUAUACUGCACCUAUAACAAAGUUCUUAGCUAAUUCUGCAGCAUAUUUUAUCUUCUUAGUUUUAUUCACUUAUGUUGUACUUGUUCGUAUGGAACCUGAUCCCUCUUGGCAAGAACUCUAUGUGAUAGCUUAUAUAUGCACCUUUGGGUGUGAGAAAAUACGAGAAAUUGUAUCAUCUGAACCUACUAGCAUAAGCGAUAAAUUCUCAGUAUGGGCAUGGAAUAUGUGGAAUCCGUGUGAUGCAGCAGCAAUAAUAUUUUUCUUAAUUGGCUUAUGUCUAAGAUUGAAACAAUCUUCUCAAUCUAUUGGUCGAGUAAUGUUUUGUGUAGAUAUUAUUUAUUGGUACUUAAGAAUAUUGAAUAUUCUUGGAGUAAAUAAAUAUCUGGGACCUCUUGUAACAAUGAUGGGUAAAAUGGUCAAAAAUAUGCUUUAUUUUGUGGUACUACUACUGGUAGUUUUAAUGAGUUUUGGUGUCAGUAGACAGUCUAUUUUACAUCCAGACUCUGAUCCAGAUUGGAUUUUAAUUAGGCAUAUAUUUUUACAACCAUAUUUUAUGCUCUAUGGAGAAGUAUAUGCUGAUGAAAUUUAUCCUGAAUGUGAUGAUACUCAAGGAAUGCAACAUUGUGAAACAGGACGAUGGAUUACACCUUUAGUAAUGGCUAUGUAUUUAUUGAUUGCCAACAUAUUACUUAUUAAUCUUUUGAUUGCUGUAUUUAACAAUAUAUUUAAUGAUAUUAAUGCUAUAUCUCAUCAGGUUUGGAUGUUUCAAAGAUUCACUGUUGUUAUGGAAUACGAACAAAAACCAGCUCUUCCACCACCUUUGAUUUUUUUUUGUCAUGUAUUUUUGUUAACAAAAUAUUUGUGUCGCAAAAUUCAAGGUAUUCAAGAGACAUAUGAUAAUGGAUUAAAAUUAUUUUUAUGUAAUGAAGAAUUAGAACAACUUUAUGAUUUUGAAGAAGAAUGUGUGGAAGGGUAUUUUCGAGAAAAAGAUUAUAAAGUACAAGUAUCUAUGGAAGAACGAAUUAAAAUGUCUUUGGAUAAAAUGGAAAAUAUACAACAAAAAGUUGAAGAUAUUAACCAAAAAGAAAAUUCACAUAAUUCGUCUGUACAGUCAUUAGAAUUUAGACUUCAUAAAAUAGAAGAAUUGAUGGAUCAAACUUUAUCUACAUUAAGUGUAAUUCAUAGAUUUAUGGCUACACAAAGUGGUGAUCAUGAAAGUGGAAGUAGUAGUGACAAUGCUCAUAAAAGAAACAACAUGUAUGAACCAGAAUUUGAAAAUGAACCAAAAAUACUUCCUACUGUUGGUAGGACUAGGUGUAUUAGUGAAAGAUCAGAUUUAUUAUCAGAUAUAUCAGAUAAUUUACUUCCAUCUACUUGUCAUAGAAGAAAAAAAUUUUCUUUCACUGAAGUACGUCACUCAAACUUAUCAGACAGCAAUUUUCUGCUUUCAUUAGAUGGUGUUUCAUCAUAUCAUGAUAGACCUUGUAUGGAACUAAAUUCAUAUGACUGUCGUAGAAUGUCUGCUCAUUCUGCUAAAACUCUUGACAGAAAAUAUGAUACUGAAAGUACUUUAUCGCCAGAUUUGAAUAACAAAGACAUAGAUGAUUUAAGCAAUACUGAUAAUAUUGAUAAUAUAACUGAAGAAAAUAAAGUUGGUGAGGUAUCCAAGGCAAAAUCUUGUGUGGGCAGUGCUUGGAUUGAACCACGAAUUAAAGUAUUUGCUCCACCAUCGAGUAGACCGGUGAUGAUAAACAAACGUAUAGAAUAUACUAGCAUAACUGAUGAGCUAGAAACAGUGUGUGGCCUAAUUAGUCCUACUUGUUCGCCUAGCAUGUUGUCACCACAUUGUGAUCAUUCACCCAUACGAGGAAAUACACCUGUAUCACGAAAGAGACAUGCUUCAGAAAUGUCUAACCCGGAAAUUGCCAGGUAUCUAGAAAAAGAACAUCUUAGAGAUGCCGAAGAAAAUGAUUAUCAUUUAAUGGAAGAUCUGAUUAGACACCAUAAGCAGAAUACAUCUAAUUCUAUUGAUAUUCCAAAUAUCAUACAACACGACUAUGUUACUGUUUAUAAAAGUUUAUCUACACAACCAAGCACUUUAGAUGCAGAAACCAGCGAACUGCCAUUAACUGUUGCUCAAACUUCUGAAUGUUCAACAUCUAUUAACCCGCUCAACAGCUUGUCUUCCACAAAACAGGAUUAAACCAAAUAUUAUGUUAUAAUUAUGAUAGAGAACUAUUCAUAGAUUAAAAAUGUAUUUAGUAAGUACAAUAUUAUUGAGUUAUUGAAACUUUUCUUUUAAUUUUUAUUUAUUUAUUUGUAUUGUAUAAUGGAAUUUAUGUACUAGUGAUUGAAUUCAUUUAGCUAUUAUUGAAUUCAUUAGGGUACUUAAAUGGGUAAAUUUAAUGAAUUUUUCCUUUAUUUGAUUAAAAAUGUGUGUACUUAUAGUUACCUAUUCCGUAUGAUUUUAUGACGGUUAAAUACAAUUUUAAACUAUUAUUGAAUUCAGUUAUGUUUUUAUUUUGAUAUGUAUAUUUAUAUGUAUUUUUUCUACUCAUAAUCAAAUAAAACUUUUAAAUAUA